AUGCUUGAUUGGGGGAGUGGGGGUAGUCAGCUUGAUGGCUCAGUGGAUUGAAAGCCAGUCCUAGAGACAGGAUGUCCUGGUUUCAAAUCUCAUUUUAGAUACUUCCUAGCUUUGUGACCCUGAGCAAGUCACUUAACCUCCUAGCCUUUACCACUCUUCUGCCUUGGAAAUGCUAACUCAGAAAUAACCAGAGCUAUCAAAGUAGUCAGAAAAACUACUCUUUACUCAGGAAUAAGGAUAAAGUUCAAAUAUUUAGUCACCACACAGAGUCAAACAUCAAAUACCAUCCAAAACUAAAUGCUCUGGGAACUGUACCCCUGGGAGAAGACACCAUGCUAGAUGCCAACGCCAUCCUGGAAGAGAAUAUCAUGCUAAAUACUCACUCCAAAGAGACAGAACUUGGGAGUCUCUUUAUACCCUUUUGGGAAGCCUACAGAGACUAACCACAAACAGAUGUGUAAACCUCUUAGCAGUCUAUAGCUAUGGUAUAAAGGAAUGGUCAGCUGUAACAAAUCAAAUGCAAAGGUCAAACUGGGCUUCCUAAGAAGAAAACUUUCAUCCAAUAGAGAAGCCUCCAAAACAAAAAGGUGCUUAAUAUUCAAACCACAGUAGGGGUACUUGGCACUGUAUUUUUCUGCAUUUCUCAAAGGGAAGGGUAAACUGAGACAUUCAAAAAUCCACGUUGACAGAACAAUACACAGUAUUUAUUCUGAGACCAAAGAUGAGAUGGACCAGUCUCCUGCAGUGCGUUCCGAAUAUCUGGUCUCAGGGAUCCGUACUCCCCCGGUGAGGAGGAAUAGCAAACUGGCCACAUUAGGGAGAAUCUUUAAACCUUGGAAAUGGAGAAAAAAGAAAAAUGAAAAGCUGAAACAGACUUCAUCAGUGUUGGAAAAGAAGAUUGCUACGAGGCAAGGUCGAGAUGAACUCAUUAAAAAGGGCCUUCUGGAGAUGAUCGAGCAAGAUGCUGAAGCCAAAGCAUGCAGUGCUGAUGGUGGCACUAGAGCAACGCAGAGUGGUCCUUCAACUCCCAAAUGCCAGGCCUUUACCUCAGAAGAGAUGCAGCAAGAAAACUCCAUAGCAGAAGCAGCAGCAGUCACAGAUCCGACCUCACCUGAGGAGGAGGAGGAGCUACAGUCAGAGGAGCAGAAAGAAGAUGCAGCCAAGCUGCCUUCACCAUCUAGUGAAGACUUAGAGGAUAUCAGCCUGUCCUCUGUGGAAGAGUCUGCCCAAGCCUUACCUAUUUCUGAAUCCACAGACUCCCUCCAUAAACACAUGGAGAGAAACCCAGCCCAGCUCCCCAGCCCCCCACGGCUUCCAGUCCCACCACCGAAAUCAGUCUCCAAUAAAACCAAUAAAAAUAUAACAGCAGAGAGUGACCUGGAUGAUGACCCAGUGAAAUCCCCUCCUUCCACAAUCCUGAAGAAUUAUGUUGUUGUUGGUUCCUCCCAAAUCUCAGGACAAGCCACCCUCUUCCAAGCCUCUGGCCAGAAAAUUUCUGAACCCCACCUUAGAGGACAGCAUUCCACACCUACAGGGUCCCCUCAUCUCGCUGCUGUCCAUAGGCCCCUGCCUCCUAGCAGAGUCAUCGAGGAACUCCACCGAGCUCUGGCGACCAAACACCGUCAGGACAGCUUUCAAGGAAGAGAGAGUAAAGGGUCGCCAAAGAAGCGAAUGGAUGUGCGUCCAUCCAGGACCUCCAGUAUUGAACGAAGCAAAGAGAAAGAGAAUGUACUGAGCUGUGAUGGAGGUUCAGAGAACAAACGGAACUCAGUUAAAGAGUCUGAUGAAAACAAAGAAAACAUGAUCAUGAAUUCAGAACUCAAGGAUGAUACACUUUUAUAUCAGGAUGAAGAAGCACUGAACGAUUCUAUUAUCUCUGGUACAUUACCAAGAAAAUGUAAGAAAGAACUUUUGGCAGUGAAGCUAAGAAACAGGCCAAGUAAACAGGAAUUAGAGGACAGAAACAUUUUUCCAAGGAGGACUGAUGAGGAAAGACAGGAAAUCCGGCAGCAGAUUGAAAUGAAACUUUCUAAACGACUGAGCCAAAGACCUGCUGUAGAGGAACUAGAAAGAAGAAAUAUCCUGAAACAAAGAAAUGAUCAGACAGAGCAGGAAGAAAGGCGGGAAAUCAAGCAGCGAUUGACAAGAAAGCUGAAUCAGAGACCCACAGUCGAUGAACUACGAGACAGAAAAAUUUUGAUACGAUUCAGUGAUUACGUGGAAGUGGCAAAAGCACAGGACUAUGACAGACGAGCAGACAAGCCUUGGACAAGAUUAUCAGCUGCAGAUAAGGCAGCAAUUCGUAAAGAGCUAAAUGAAUACAAAAGCAAUGAAAUGGAGGUACAUGCAUCAAGCAAGCAUUUGACAAGAUUCCACAGGCCAUAGAGAUUUUCUUCUGAGAAGAAUUCAUCAAUUUUUGAUACCACCACUGAUAUUUCAUCAGGGACCUUCCCCAAAGUUCAGCUCACAAUAACCUGAUGUUUAUGUGAGCCAAGCAGGACUGCACAGGUGAACUCUGCUGCACUUACCUACCUUCGAGAGGAGUCACUGGAGGGUGUUUCACUUUUUGAUGUCCAAAGAGUGGUGACCUGUGGGGGUGGGAAGAUUGGUUGAGGAAAAAGACCAGUUGGAGAUACUAGAAGAAAACUGUUGUUCUCCUUUGAUACUUGUUUCAAACUGUACUGCAACGUAGCAGGGAAGAGGAGACACCGUGCAUGCACAGGCUUUACCAUCCCAAGGCCUCUGACAUCAAGGACGUAUGACGCACUGUCAUUCAGUAUUAUGUUGAUGAGACAUUUUUAUUCUUAUCACAAUUAGUUUGUAAGCACUUAAGUUCAUGUUAUACAAAAUGAUUUAAUGUAUUAUAAUUUUCUUUUUUAUAUAAUGUCUAACAAGAACACAGCUGCAACAUUUUGAUUCCUGUUAAUUUGUUCUUUAAUUAAAUGACUACUUGCAGGAAAUAA